AUGUUCACAAAAUCACAUUUCAUAAAGAAGAACAAGAGCAAUACCGAGUGGUUAUUGAAUUCAUCGUCGCCGAUUGUGCAGAACUGCUCGCCGCACUCGGUCGAGGAGUUUCCCGACGAUCUCUUCAGUAAGGAGCAGCUGAGACGAGGUGCCGUCCUCCUCCACAUAUUCUGCGGCCUCUACAGUUUCCUAUUGACAGCCUACGUCUGCAACGAUUACCUCCUACCGUCGCUCGACUGCAUUUGCGCCGACCUAAGGAUAAGCGCUGAUGUCGCUGGGGCGACAUUCCUCGCGACCGCGAGCUGCUUCCCCGAGCUCUUCGUUAACGUCGUCGGGACAUUUCUAACCGAGUCGGACCUGGGCGUCGGGACGGUCGUCGGUGGGGCCGUCUUCAACACUUUUGCCACGCCGGCCGUCGGUGCUCUGUUUGCUGCUAAGGGUAUACAACUACAAUGGUACAUUCUGUCGCGAGAUUGUGUAAUUUAUUCAUUUUCUGUCGGAGUACUCGUAAUCGUCAUGUGGGAUGGAUUGAUUACUUGGUACGAAUCGGCGAUUUUACUAUUCCUCUUCGCCAGCUACUUAACUCUUCUUUUUGUUAAUGAUAGCGUAAUGCGAAUAUUUAGAAAAAUAUUUUCAUCCGUUCAAACUAAAACGACAAACGUCGAUAUUAAAUCAGAAUCAAUAAAGCAUGAAAAUUAUACAAUGCCAUUUGGUACGUAUAAGCCGUAUUUUCAUGGAGAAUUGGUUACGGAGUACAGAAACAGUAUAAGUAAAAUAAAGGCACAGUCUAAGCAAGAAUCUGGAGUCAAUCACGUGCCAACUUUCGAAGUUUACAAAGAACCAGAUACGAUAUUUAUGUGGCCUGUUGCCAGCAACUUAUAUGAAAAAUGUUGGUUCCUCUUCACGUGGCCUCUUAAGUUUCUCCUUUUUGCCACGAUACCGGACAGCCGAUACAAACGUCUGCGUAAAAUUUAUCCUCUAACGUUCAUAAUGUGCGUCAUCUGGAUCGCCAUAUCGUCCUAUCUGGUCUCAUGGAUGACAACAAUAGUGGGCGAUACGAUUGGCAUUCCCGAUUCCGUGAUGGGUAUUACGUUUUUAUCAGCGGGUGGCAAUUUACCCGAAAUGGUAUCGAUAGUCAUACUAUCGAGACAAGGUCAUGGAGAUAUGGCUAUGAGCAACAUUUUGGGAUCAAAUACCCUGGAUAUUCUUCUCUGUCUGAGUCUACCAUGGGCUAUUAAGUCCUUAAUGACUGGUAGAGGUGUUUCUAUUGUCUCUGGCACCCUGGUCUACAGCAAUCUAUCGAUCAUCUUUUGUGUCAUUGGCUUUUACGUCGUCACGGCUCUAUCCGGUUUUAUUUUGAAUAAGAGAGUUGGCAUCGUUUGUCUUCUCAUGUACACACUUUUCCUCAUCGUCGCCAUACUCAUGGAACUCAACGUAUUCUUCUUUGUCAACUUACCCAUGUGCUGAUCGACUGCUCGUGCCAUACAAAUGUAAUAUAAAGAGAAUUCAAGAACGUAUCGACGAGUGGUUGAUACAUCAUCCGCUAACUGAUUAGUGCCCAAUUUUGGUAAUUAAUAAGAAUAUUACCAAUUAUAUACAUAAUCGCACGGUAUACUUAAUAAUUAAAUACAAAUCCAAUAAAUGUGAAUCCAAUGAAAUAUGAGGAUAGUGAGAAAAAAUUAUAUAUGGUAGUAAGGAAAUAUUCUUUAAAACAAAAACAAAAAAAGAAAGAAAAA